CUAUUGAAUCAAGGAGAUAUACUCGUUUUUUCGAUUACUAUCGUUAACAUAGUCGCCAUUUGAGCCGUUCUGAGCCACUGGAUUACAAUUCCAUUCACUAGUAGGAGAUUGUAUGUAGAGUUUCAUGUGCGCUCAUGGGCAAUUUAUCUAUGAUUUUCUAUGAGCAAACAAAUGCUGAAGUGACAACAGGACGUCGAAAAUAAUAGGCGUACGAUAGCUGCGAGGAAACAAUAUUUUAUAGAUUCAAAAUGGCGCACAAUACUGAAGAACUUAUCAACAAAAUAGGCAGCUUUGGCAGGUACCAGGUACGACUUUUCCUUGUAGCGUCAUUUAUGGUGUUUAUUACCACCAAUGUAUUGAUGGUGAUGACAUUCAGCACAGCCGAGCCUCCUUGGAGAUGCACUGCUAACGCUACGUCCUGUAAACUGAACGGAACCUUUAAACCAGGUGACAAGAACUAUGAAUAUCGAUGCGAUAUUCCACGCAGUGACUGGGAAUUUGCAGUGGACGGAAACUUUGAUUCUAUUGUUACCGAGUGGGAUCUCGUUUGUAAAACGUCGACAUACGUCAGCCAUGUCAACUCAUUAGCCUUCCUAUUCUGGAUGUUAGGAAGUAUUGUUGGAAGUAUUCUCAGCGACAAAGUGGGGCGAAAGAAAGUCACUUUUCCAUUCUUCAUGAUCGUGGCGGUCAGUGGUUUAAUUUCGGCAAUCGCCAAACAUUACUGGGUUUUUGCUGUGUUUAGAAGUCUCGUGGGAAUUGGAUUAGGUGGCGCAGGUACAACUGCGUUCGUUCUGGUGCUGGAAUACGUGGGUGCACGGCAUCGUGGUGCUGUGGGCAUCGGCAUAUGGUUCGCCUUUGUAUUUGCGAUGUGUUUUUUAGCGUUAAUAGCAUACUUACUACCUGCAUGGAGACUGCUGACCAUCGUCACUAGUGCACCAGGGCUCAUUGGGUUUGUCUUUUGGUGGUUCACCCCAGAAUCUCUUCGAUGGCUGCUCAUGAAAGGCAAAUCAACCGAAGCCAAAAAGACGCUUCAAAAAGCUGCUAGUGUCAAUGGUAAACUGCUGGUCGAUGAGGACUUUAUGUUGAUUCAAGAAGACAACGACGAAAGAAACAUAAAACUUGGUCAUAUCGGAGAUCUUUUUACAUCUCGAUUAGUGGCAUAUCGGACGCUUGUAUCGUGGUAUUGUUGGUGUGUUUGUGGCAUGGUAUACUAUGGAAUAUCACUGAGUACUCCAGGAAUUGGCGGCAAUAUGUACUUAAAUUUCUUUAUUUCUGCUGUAUGUGAGUGUGUUGGUAUGAUCAUUGGCAUCUUUUGUCUAGACAAAUUUGGAAGAAAGAAGUCUAUAGCUGCUAGUCUGUGGAUUGGAGGAGUUGCUAUGGUUGCUGCUGCUCUGUUGAGCUACUACGACGACGGCAGUGACGGUUAUUUGGCCGGUAAAAUCCUCAUGACGAUGGUCAUUGGAAAGUUCUUUAUCACAAUCGCGUUUGAUGGCAUAUUUGUGCAUACAUCGGAACUUUUCCCAACAGUUAUUAGGAAUACAGCUCUUGGUACGUCGUCAUCAUCAGCUCGUAUUGGUUCUGCUGCUUCACCUUACAUCGUAUACUCGCAAAGAGUUCAUCCUCUAAUGCCAUUUGGUAUCAUGGCUAUCAAUGCUUUGAUCAGCGGUAUUCUUUUCCUGAGUCUACCAGAGACAUUAAACAGGGUGAUGCCAGACACUGUAAAUCAAAACACUAGUGCGUGUACGGAAAGCCCUGACGGCGGUAAAGAUGUCAAUGAUGACAAAAUAGGGACGGAUUUAUAGAAAAAUCGACCUAAAACAUUUUGAUUCAUCAUUGAGUUUCAGUAGCGGAUCUAGUAUUAUGGGGGUGUAGGGAUUAAUGCGCCUCGUCUUUGGUUAUGCGGUAUUUAAAGAAGAGUAUGUUAAUAGCAUAGUGGUUUUUAUUCUCAUUCUCACUUGUUGGCUUGUUAAAUGGUAUAUUGACGAUAUCUUUAUUAUUCAUCUCUUUACAUUUGAUUUUACAUAAAAAAUGAAUGUCAUUCA